AUGAAUGGCAGCAAUUCCGCCAUAGUGGCCGAGGGAGGGGAGGACUCGGGCCGUCCUCAUGAUGGCCAACACGGCCGGUCAAGUACCGAAAUCAACCGAGAAGCGGAAGAGGAGCGGCUCGAAUCUUCUCUUCCCGAAGAAGAUGAUCUUGAGGAGGACGACCUCGCAGCGCUUGACCAGGUUCGCUCGCGCACACGCAGUCGUCCCGGUUAUGAGACGAUAGAAUGGAAAAUUGAUGACCCCGAGAACCCCAAGAAUUGGUCCCACACUAAAAAGUGUCUCGUCACCGCCCUAACGUCGAUGCUCGUUCUCAACUCGACGAUUGGCUCCGCGUUGCCCAGCCAGGCCAUCCCCUUCAUCGCAGACUAUUUCGGUGUCACCUCCCAGGAGCAACGCGUGCUGCCCAUUUCCAUCUUCCUCGUCGGCUACGUCUUUGGGCCCCUCAUCUGGGGCCCGCUGAGCGAGCACAUUGGCCGGCGCAACCUGACCCUCGUCACCUUUACCAGCUUCACCCUCUUCACUAUGGGCUGCGCGCUCGCGCCGUCGUGGCGCGCUCUGCUCGUACUGCGCUUCUUCACCGGCGUCUUUGCCGCCUCGCCCAUUGCGAUUGUCGCCGGCAUCCUCGCCGACGUCUACGGCGACGCCCGCGAGCGCGGCCGCGCCUUUGGCGUCUUCAUGGUCGUCACCACGCUCGGCCCGCUCGUCAGCCCCAUCAUCUCGGGCUACACCGCCGAGACCAUCGGCUGGCGCUGGGCCUUUUGGGUCAACCUCAUGUACGCCGGCGCCACGCUCGCCUGCGUCCUCUUCCUGCCCGAGACGUACGAGCCCGUACUACUCGAGCGCCGCGCGCGCCGCCUCCGCGCGCAGGACCCAGCCCGCAACAAGGUCGUCGCGCCGCGGGAGCUCGAGGAGACGGACGUGGGCCAGCUUAUUAGUGUCGUCCUCGCCCGCCCGCUACGCAUGCUCUUCACUGAGCCCAUCGUCGCCUGCUGUUGCGCCUACCUCGGCCUCGUUUACGCCGUCUUUUACAUGUCUUUCCAGGCCUACCCCAUCAUCUAUCAACAGCUUUACCACCUCAGCCCCGGAGAAACGGGCCUCACUUACCUCUCCGUCGGCGUCGGCGCCGCCGUGGCCCUCCCCAUCUUUUGGAACUGGGAUGCCGUCCUCGCCCGCGCCCAGGCCCGCGGUGCACUCUGGGUCCGCCGUGAAGAGUAUCGUCGCCUGCCCCUCGCCUGCAUCGGUGGGCCGCUUUUCGUCAUCUCCCUCUUCUGGAUGGGCUGGAGCGCCCGCCCCGGCGUUUCCUUUGUCGUACCCCUGCUCGCCGGCAUCCCCUUUGGCGUCGGCAUGGUCCUCAUCUUCUUCGCCAUCCUCAACUACCUCGUCGAUGCCUACGAGAUAUUUGCCGCGUCCGCCAACGCCGCCUCCUCCACCAGCCGCUCCGUCCUCGCCGUCGUCCUUCCCUUUGCCACCACGCACAUGUUUGAUCGGCUCGGGAUUGCUGGUGCCUGCUCUUUGCUAGGCGGGCUACUCGCCGUCAUGUGUGUCAUUCCCUUCAUCUUCAUCUGGAAAGGCGAGGCCAUUCGCGCCCGCUCCAAGUUUUGCGUCGCCUUGCGCGAGAGACGAGAGAAGUUGGCGCGGAGGGCCGAAGAGCGCCGUCGUCGGCAAGAGAGAGAGGAGAUGCGCGAAAAGGCGAGAAACGAUGCCCAGAGGCAGCGAGCAGCGGAGUCACUGGAAGUUUAG